GCGGGCGCAGGCCGGGCCUAUGAGGCCGCCCGCUCCGCCGCCGCCGCCGGGCGCGCUGCGGGAUGUGGCGCUGGAGCUGGGCCCGGCGCUGAGCGGCCCCCCCGGCACCGGCACCGCUAUGGGAGCGUCCGCGGGCGGCCCCGCGCUGCCCGAGCGCCUCCGCCUGCCCGUCUGCUUCCUGGGGGUCUUCGCCUGCUACUUCUACUACGGCAUCCUGCAGGAGAGCAUCACCCGGGGCAGGUACGGCGAGGGCGCCCAGCAGGAGAAGUUCACGUACGCCCUGAGCCUGGUGUUCAUCCAGUGCGUGAUCAACGCCGCCUUCGCCAAGCUCCUGAUCCGUUUUUUCGACUCCGUCAAAGUGGACCGGACGCAGAGCUGGCUCUACGCCGCUUGCUCGCUCUCCUAUCUGGGCGCGAUGGUUUCCAGCAACUCGGCUCUGCAGUUUGUCAACUACCCGACUCAGGUCCUGGGCAAAUCCUGUAAGCCCAUUCCAGUCAUGCUUUUAGGAGUGACUUUGCUGCGGAAGAAGUAUCCUCUGGCCAAGUACCUCUGCGUCCUCCUGAUAGUCACAGGCGUGGCCCUGUUUAUGUAUAAACCCAAAAAGGGGGCUGGAGGCGAUGACCACAUCUUCGGCUACGGAGAGCUCCUGCUGCUGCUGUCGCUGACCUUGGACGGGCUGACCGGGGUGUCGCAGGACCACAUGAGAGCUCACUACCAAACGGGUUCCAAUCACAUGAUGCUGAACGUGAACCUGUGGUCCACCCUGUUCCUGGGAGCAGGGAUUCUGUUCACCGGAGAGCUCUGGGAGUUCUUGAGUUUUACCGAGCGCUACCCCAGCAUCAUUUACAAUAUCCUGCUGUUUGGCCUGACAAGUGCACUGGGUCAGAGUUUUAUUUUCAUGACCGUGGUGUACUUUGGACCCCUGACCUGUUCCAUCAUCACCACAACGCGCAAGUUCUUCACCAUUUUAGCAUCUGUCAUUCUCUUUGCCAAUCCCAUCAGUACAAUGCAAUGGGUGGGGACGGUCCUGGUGUUCUUGGGCCUUGGACUUGAUGCCAAAUUCGGAAAGGGAGUAAAGAAGACGUCCCAUUGAGGAGCUGGUUGAUCUCUGCAGUUGGAAUGGACUUUUAAUUUAUUGUCUUGUACCUCAAAAUCUGUUAUGAAACUGGACUCAGGAUAGGUAAUUAGAAGGGGAAUGUUUGGAUUUUUGGAUUUUUUUUUGUUUGUUUUAGUUUUUUAAUUUUGAAUUGUCCUUAAGUGUAAUACUUCAGUUUUAACUGUAAUCAAACAUUUUUUUUUCUGUAAUCGAAGCUGCGUUACUAGAUCCUAGCAGCAGGAUGAAAUUCUUGCCUUAACAGGAAAAAAAAAAAAUCAUAUCUUUAUUAAAGAAAAGGAGACAAUGGCCGCUUUUCCGGAACUUUAAUUUCAGUACCACAGGCUGACCUUGGGGAUGAAGAGCACACCCCUCUCCGAGGAGAGAGGUGGUCUUAGAACGACGUUAGCUCUUUGGUGCAGCCUGGAAAGAUCCCUGAAAUGCCUGUGUUGAAGAGAAGCCCCUCUUCUGAUCGUAUGAUUUUUUUUCUUCGUAAUUGCGUUGUUGGAGCAGCCAGACAUUCUUGCACUAAUAUAAACGUGUAAACAUUGAGUUGCAUUACAUUCUUUAUCCGAGCCCUUCUAGAACAGAAGCAACUCUUGGCAUAUGGAAAAGGUUUACAGGAAACCCGUUUAACCGCUGGGGCUGCAAUUAAUUCUUUUCAUCCCCCCCCUGCUGCUGAAGGACCAGGACCCUCUGCUGCUCAAACCAUGCCAAGGUUGCGCGACGACGGCUUCUAAAUGUUGAAAGGACCCUUGUUAAUUAACCACCAUCACGGUGAGCUUGAGAACACCCGCUCCUGAGCACAGGCUAGGUCCCCGGUGUCGUAGGGGGAGGAGUUGUCAUCAUAAUGAUGCCUUCGGAGUUGGAGAGCAAAAUUCUCCAAAGAAUGAACUUUACACAUGAAAGCACGUUUCUACCAGCUGUCGCUUGGUCUCCAUCUGUUCGGUGGCUUUGGCCUUUUGCCCCUCCAGAUGGGAUCUUGAUCUCUUUCCUGAGCGGCUGUUGUAAGUCUCCGUUUCUAGCCCCUGCUGUCCCUGCCCCUCCAGUGCUUCUUACAACUUCUUGGGCCUCAAAUUUGGUUUUCAUUUAAUCCGUCUCGUUGUCCUGUAGCUCUACUCAAACAGCACGUUUCUUGCAAAAUUAAACCCGAGGAUAUUAAAGGGUUUUACUCUGUCACCUUCACCCCUUUAUUAACUUGCAUUGCCUUAAAGGUCAAGUGCUAAGUAGCAAACAAACAUGUUCUCGGUGGUAGAGAAUCCUGAAGUAAAAGCUUCUGUGACUUAACUCCAUGAGUACUGCCUGAUGAACGCCCUGUGCUGGCAUCUGCUACUGGAUGAAGAUUCCAGCUUCCCCGAAGAUUUGUCCUUCACAGUAUUUCUAAGGUAAUGAAUGCUAUUUACCAUUUAUAAAAGGGAGCAAAGAAAUUGAAUGCCUUGUCCACGAACACUGUGUCAUGGAUAGGAAUUCUCUCCCGUGUCUUCAUCAUAAAACCAUCUUCUUUUCUGUUUGUAGGACCUGGUGGGAUAGAGGGGUGUAUCUUAAAUUUAACCAAUUCUCAAACUCAGCAACCAAAAUCAGCAAAAAUAUUCUCAGUUUUACAGACUUGUUUUCCCUCCUGUUGCAUUAGUAAUCUAACGGAGGAAUAGAUGCCCUGAAAAAUGCACUAUAAAUCACUUACUCCCCCAGUUGUCUACCUCCAUGUGAUCGUCAUGAAAACUCUGUUCAGAAACACCGUCCGUUAGGUCACGGCUGUUCCAAACCGCAGCUCUGCUCUAGAGCGCGUGCUCCAAAUAAAAUGGAUUCAUUCUGGUUUGAUGCCACGGAAGUAGAGUUGCUCGUUAGCAGGAAUUCUUUAGCGACCAAAGCUUUUAAGAAAGUGGAUGAUCAGUAGGUGAGGGACUGAGAUAGCAGCAGCCUUUCCCCGCUGUUCUGCCAGCCUGUUAGCAGUGAUCUUUCUGUACAGCAUCUCAAGCCAAGUUUGCCUCUUGAGGACUGGGCAGGAGGAGGUAACUUCUGAGCUAGUUCUGGGCUAGGAAGACUGCUCUUCCUGCACUAUUUUUCCCCUCUUGCCCCAGGUCUUCAGUGUAGCUUUAGGAGAGACAGUGUCUUUAAAAAUUAACGAACCCAGUCUUUGUGUUGCUAGUUGUUUCCUUAACCACUGAAAAGAAGCUACCGUAGGCUUAAGGGAUGUUUUGGUCAAAGGCACAGAUCUGUCCCCUUCCCCACACUGCAGCAGCCUGGAGAACCCGCAGAAAGAAAAAAGCUGCGAGCUUUCUAGGGCCUAUUUUCUGAGCCAAGAUUUGUCUUUACCAGUAUCUUCAACUUGUCUGUAUUCAGAGCACAGAUUUAAAGAUCAGGCUGCCAAGAAGAAAGAAAAUAAAGGAGAUUUUCUCUCUCCUGAUUUCUGAAGCUGCCUUGACCCAAUUUAGCUCUAAAGCCUGUUCCUGGGAUGGCUCCAACUUGGUUCUUGCUGCACCUCCAAAUCUUAAGUCAAUAAGAAAUUCUAAAACAAAGGCAGCUCUUGUACCUUCCUCGAGUCUGAACCCUUCGGAUUUCCUUGGACAGCUCUCUGGCUGUCUCUGCUCCAGACUCGUGUACUGCGAGAUCCCAGAGGAGGCUACAAAAGCAAUUCAGGAAGCUAUUUUCAAAUCAGCACUGGCUUUUCUUCUUGGAUGCCACAAAACAGGUCUCCAGCUUUGAGCUGCCAGGAGGACUGCUGUAAUAGCUCUCCCCCGUGACAGACUGCUUACCACGUUCUCAGAAGCCUGCCUGCUGGUGGCUUUUGGUUGCUUGAGUCCAGCUGUCUCUAGGUAAAGACAGGUAAACUCCAAAGGAACUGGGUUAGGGGCUGUUAAGGUUUUCACCCUGCGCUCCGUUUUCCUGCUAGAAAUGUUAACUCUUCUUGGAGGCACCUGUUGCGGAGGAAUAGCCUUUUAAUAGGGUGGGUUUUUUUGACUUUGUUCUCUUUUCCUAUAAACAAUGAAAGUAUCUUCAACCAGUGGGCAGAAGGCAGAGACUGAAUAGGAAUGCUUGAAUUUCUGUUUUAGUGUCAGAAAAGGCUUCCUGUCUUUAACAAAGAGAUCAGUAACCUACAAAGCACUGACAGAGCUUAUUUUAAUUUUUCUAGACACUGCAUAACAUCGAGGGUACAGCUGUGCAAGCCAGUCUUAAACGUAGUUGUUGCUGUCCAGUUAUGUUUUGCUUAUUGGAAGGACGUGUUUUGUGGCAGCAUGUGCAUCUAGAAGCAGUUCAGUGGCUUCAGGGAUUAAAGCACAGCACCCAAGUUCUCUGCCCACAGUCUGGGCAUCACCAGUUCUGCUACCUCACUUUGUGUGCGCCUCGGCUGUUUUAGAUAUCCUCCAGUUUACCAGAGAUAAAGUAGGUGCAAGUCCAGUACAGUUCAAAACAAAACCCCACUUCUUUUAGCCCUGUGUGCUUGAUUUGUCACUUAUUUUUCUUUCCCCAACUGCAAGCAAAGAAAAAUCUUAUUGUGAUAGUGAAAUAUUGUCCAAAAUGAGAAUCUUAAGUAUAAACCCACGCCCUUUGCAGCCAGGUGCUUUGAACACCAGCUCUGUAACGUUUUUAGUAGGGGCUGAAUUCCCAAGGAGUUACUAAAGGGAGUGCCUGUGGCUUGCUUCUCCAUGGGCAGAUGAGCAGUCUUUUUCUGAGUCAAGAGGAAGGGAAAUCAGCUGAGUAGCAGAUGAACUUAUGAAGUGCCUUAGACAAAGCCCUGCAAGUGCAAAUUACAAAGGUCAAGCAAGUUGUGAAACCAUUCCACCUUCCUCUCUCCUUUCUGUUGGGUCCAGUGCCCCAGCCCUGAGUCCAUUCAUGACUCAGCCAGUUACCAGCAGGGGGAACUCUUAUUUCAAUAAUUUUCAAGAAAUAUGAGAAAAACAACAAAAAAUGCUCCUUGUCUAAUUAGCAAUAGAAUUGUACUUCCAAAGUCUUUGUGCUUACGGUAAAAAUAGAAUGUAGAAAUCAAGGGCUUCCUCCAUAUUUAUUGUGCUUAAUUUUUGGCCAUCAGCAGAGACCAGAUUGAAGUGGUGAGGAGCUUGAAGUCGAUCUGUUCAGCAGGACAGCCCUUCAUUGCAAGCAGCAUAUGCAUAAAGAAGCGUGUGGGCACCCGCGUGUCCUCUUGUCCUCAUGCAGCACAAAUAGCUGGCUCCCUGCACAGCAGCAGCCAUGGGCAUCACAGUUGAUGUUUUCGAAAACAUCUCUGCCAGAAUUCUCCUAGGAACCUUGUCAGUUCUUGGUGGUUCCAGGGAGAUGAGAAGUCAUGCUCAUACUGAGAAUAAACAGCAGAUUACAUUGCUGCGGUGUUUGUGCCUGUUGCCCCUCCAGGAGGAACUCGUUGAUGUAUCAGCUAAGAAAGGUGAAGUUUUAUUUCACAGCUAACUGAGACAUGGCAUCCGCAGGGGGGGAAACUUGGCAGCUGCUUUCCUUUUCCUUUCAUCUUCCUUGGCUUUAUGAGCUCCCUCUGCAACUCCAUCAACAGAUGUUUAAAAAAUAGAAAAUGUUUAGAGAGUAUAGAGAGUAAGUUAGGUGGUAGCGUAUGUGCAUGUGUUUUGUAGGAGCGUAUCUGAUUGUUUCAUGCUGGUAAUUUGAUGGUCACGGGAUAGUAAAGACUCAUGCUCAAAUGACAAUAGUUUAAGAGAGAACGAAGUUAUUGGUACUGCUUUGAGAGCAACGAGUUACCAAUCUUAAAGAUGCCAU